ACGCUUGAAGGUCAUACAGACGUCGUGUGGUCAGUGUCGUUCUCGCACGACUCAGCGUUGAUAGCAUCAGCCUCGGCAGAUAAUACCAUCAAGAUCUGGAACGCCGCAACGGGUUACUGCCGACAGACACUUGAAAGUCACACUGCGCCUGUGAGAGCAGUGGCUUUCUCUCACAGCCCAAGAGUAAUAGUAUCAGCAUCAGUGGAUUCAACUAUAAAGCUCUGGGAUUUGGCAACAAGUCAAUGUUGCCGAACUUUUGAAGGACAUAGAGGCAUAGUAUGGUCUGUGGCCUUCUUACGCGAUUCAUGGGUGGUAGCAUCAGCCUCAAGGGAUCGGACUAUCAAGCUUUGGGAUAUUGCAACUGGCCAAUGUCGAAUGACGCUUGAAGGGCAUACUGACACCAUAUGUGCAGUGGCCUUUUCAUACGACUCAAAGUCGAUCGCAUCAGCCUCUGUGGAUAAAACCAUUAAGAUAUGGGAUGUAGCUACAGGCCAGUGCCAACAGACGCUUGGAGGCCACCACGACGUCGUCUUUUCAGUGCAAUUCUCGCGCAACUCGAAGAUGUUAGUGUCGGCCUCCAAAGAUGGCACCAUCAAGCUCUGGGAUGUAACAACUGGCCAAUGUCGGCAGACACUUAGAGGUCAUGCUGAAAUGGUGAGAUCAGUGGCCGUCUCCCAUGAU